UUCUCCUCAGCAUCAGUGAAUGCAUGGAAUGGCAGGUGUAUGGGAGUAGAUGCAAGCAGCUCCCCCAACACAUGUGUUACAUUGCCUGACCAGACGCCUAGGGGGGGAUUAAGAGGGCUGAAACUGAGCUGUCACACAAACGAGGACAGGAGGCUUGGUGUAGGGGGGAUUAUUUAUCAGGCGGGGGUCUGUCCUCUCUGGAUAAUGCAUCAAAGUACAAAGCUCCGUUCUCUCAGCCUGAGCUGUCCGACACGCACCACAGAUGAAAUGGAUGCUGCUUUGGGGGGUCAAGAAACAGAAAAACCGCCCCGGCCAUGUGGGUCUAACCUGGGCAGGAGCCGAGGAAUCCGCACUCACCUGAGUUGUCUAUCACAGAAAUCAGAUUCUCUAAGUGACUUCUCCACUCUACAGUAUGACACUAAGCCCAAUCAGGCUCUUAAAACCAGCAAAACAAGGAUUAUGUAUAUCUUUCGCUCCCACAGACGACUGACCGUAGAGGAAGCUAGACGAUGGGCCCGAUCAUUUGAUCUACUCCUGUCUCAUAAAUAUGGCCGCUCUGCAUUCCGUACCUUCCUGCAGACAGAAUUCAGUGAGGAGAAUCUGGAGUUCUGGAUGGCCUGCGAAGAAUACAGGAAAACCCGCUCCGUGAACAAACUGCCAGCAAAGGCUCGUCGUAUCUUCCAAGAAUUCAUUGACGUUCAGGCUCCCAGAGAAGUAAAUAUUGAUUUCCCAACUCGAGAAAUGACUAGACGAAAUCUACUGCACCCAACGUUGUCCUGUUUCGACCUGGCCCAGUUGAGAGUACACAGUCUAAUGGAAAGGGAUUCCUACCCAAGGUUUCUGCGAUCUCAAAUCUACAAUGACCUACUCAGCCACACACAGAAGAGCCCAUGCUAGUCCUACAUGUGGUUUCAGAGACUUGUUGGUCACUUGGUCCAUCCCAAGAACAGUCUUGCACUAUGGCCAGAAGAACAAAGGUGACCCAGAUAUGACUGCUGCUAACAAGCGUCUUCACUGCCAACAUUAAUAUCUCAUCAUCAUCUGGUUAUUCUGAAUCAAAACCUGGCUCCAUUGGAUCAUUUCAGUUUUGCAGAUCAGUGGACAGAGGAACUGGUGGGUUUCCAAAGAUGUGGAAGCAACGUAGAAGAGUCCUGGUGCCACCAAUUAGUUACAAAACACAUUUAUCUUUGCUUGUUGAUUACCAUAGCUAAUGCUUGAAUUCCAUCUUUAACUAUCAUAUUCAAUAAUUCAAUCAACAUGUUCAUAUUUAAUUACUGCAUAUGUCAUAUCUG